CGAGUUCUUCCCAAGAGUGWGAGAGAGAGAGAAACAGCAACAGCAACAGCCACAGCGAACGAAGAGAAUGGCAUACAAUCAGAACUCGGGGUCGUUCGACUUCAAGAAAGUUUCCCAGGAAGCUUACUCAGAAAUCGUCGAAGCGCUGUCCAAAGACAUGCCGUUGAUCAUGCAUGGGUGUGGAGAUGUGGAUCCGCGGAACGUGAAUCCGGAGUCGGCUCUUGUUUUGGCCCAACUUACGGCAAAUUAUAUCAGCAAUCUAGUGGAAGCAGCUUGCGAUUCCCAAGAAAUCCUGAAUGACGGCCACCGUCCGCCCCUGCCACCUCCUCCACUAGUUUCAAAAGAAAAGCGUCGCAGACCUCCUCUACCCUCUCCCUACGAGUGGCCACCGUCGGCAAUCGCAAAACCGUCGAAAGUAGCCGCCAGCAAAAAGAAAAAAAAGGCAACCAAGGCCGAUGGAACUCCUGCUACAACCACGACAGAUGCUACUAAUGCGAGUAGCAAAGACACUGGCGCCGCAAAAAAGCCACCCGGAACCACAAAACCCAAUCCAGCAAGCAACAAACCGAACUUUGGCGAAAAGAAGAAACGAAAGCGCCGAGAUAUUGAUUAUUGGGACGACCCCCUUCCAGAACCAAAAAUCAAGAACAAGCCGGCCUUAGAUCCAGCAGCAGUAGCAGCCGAAAAAGGGGAAAUAGUGUUCAAAGGCGUACCAAUCGGCGAUUGGGUUGGAGUGGCCGGUGUGGACUUUUUCGAGGACAGCCGGAUUCGGAGUGCCCACGUGACCCUUCCGGCGGCAGUAGGAGCKCAGAACUUCAUCUUUCCCGUUUGCCACGACAAGCAUUUAUACGGGAAAAUAUUGGACAUUCAGGCAACCCGAAGGUCCAUAGAACCUAUCUUGACCGAUUCGGUCGUCAUGGAUAUGAUUCGUGCCGAAGCCGACCUGCAGGGAUCUCUCGGUUCCUUUCGAAAACGCCGUGGGCGCCAGGAGAAACGCAAGAACGACGGAAGUGGUGGUGCCGAUGCCCAAGAUGACGAAGAUGAAGAACCAGAGGCCUCGGAUUCUGAAGACGAAUACUCCAGCAGGAGGCGACCCGUUUGGCCCGGUUUGGAUGAAUUGCUACCGAUGCAUACUACUCUUGAUUUUUGAAAGAGCUAAUGGCUAUCGAUUAAUAAUGAUUUCUAUUUGAAAAGUACAGAUGCUUUGUGGGGAAGCUUUUACAGCUUCUACUAGCUCGUGUAGCUACCAAAUGGAAAUAGAUUAUGAGUAGAUUCAAGUGCACCAAGUUGUUGGCAUAUAAGACAAUGAUUUUGAUUGUUUUGAUUAUGCCAUGGUAUUGGAUUUGGGACAAGAAUGUUUGAUCUCCCCCAGAUGUAACAAACACCACUCGACUUCAUUCCAUUGGACAACAGAAUUCAUUUCCAACAAGGCUUGCCAUCACUCCCAUGAAAUUGUUGUGGCAUGUUGGUGCUUGUCGUGUAUAUUAGUUUUUGGCGAAAUGCUCUGCAUCGUUCUCCAUCGUGCAUAUGGAAUAGUUUCUUUUCCUCCGGAAGCCACUUUUGCAUCUCGCGGAUUCUCGACUGUUCACUGGGGUGAGUCGAGAGGAAUUCGGGCGGUUUGCUGGCCCCGGCCGUUUCCAUGCGCCGAAACAGACGGCUUAGGGCCUCGGGAUCGUAGCACGCCUCUGCGGCGAGGCGCAUACCAAUCUGGUCGGCUUCGCUUUCUUGUGUUCUCGAGUUUGGCAGCUGACCGACGAGCUGUACCGCUGGGGUGAACAAGUACAGCAGGCCCCCGCUUGGAUCGAUCAGAAGACUCAAUAUACCUAAGAUGCUAAA